GUGGAAGCGAGACGGAGCUAGGUGCCACUCGACGAGGAACCAAUACUACGGUCCCUUUACAAACCAACUCACAAGACUCGCGAGGCCUCCUCUCUAGCGUGAGUAUUCCGCCAGGGAGUUCUCGAGAGAGAGAACCGUGCUUUUCGGACCCUCAACCCUUUCUGGGCUCGCCUGUAACCCACCGGGGCCCACCUGGCCUCUUCUCUACCACCACCACCAACGUCACCACCACCACCACCACCAACGAGCGGGAGUCACUACCACCGUUACGAUUUAUCAUCACCGUCACCGUACCGACGUCCCGAUCGCUGGAUGGUGUGCUGCACGUACACGUUCACCGCGCCGCUCCGAUCCGUGUGUGACCACCACCACCAACCACCACCGCCACCACCACCAUCGUCACCACCACCAUCUCUCGCCGACUGCCCAGUCUACCUCUCUCCGCGUUUACCUAGGACCAGACAGAGAAAGCGAAAGAGCAAAAGAGCGAGAGGGCGAAGAGUAAGAGAGGGUCUCGGCUUUGCGCAAAAGUUACGACGGAGCGAGGAACAGUGAGACACACCGCGGAGACCGGAAGAGACCCUCUCUCCCUGAAGAAGUCCUCCGGCGAAAGAGAGACCACGCGCGAAAAACCAUAGAUCGUUUUCGAUCGAGUGCGUCGGAGUCAGUGUGUCGUACCGCGGGCUGUGUAUGUGUGUGUGCGCGCGUGUGCAUGUGCUAGUGCAAAAAGGUAACGAGGACGUCGUCGUCGUCGUCGUUGUCGUCGUCGUCGUCGUCGUCGUCGACGUUGUCAACGUUUCGUCGGUUUCGUCGUCGUCGAUAACAGAGGCCACGUGGUACCCAUUGGUUUCCAUCCUCUUCCGGGUUUUCCAUGGAUCUAAUCUCGCGAAAUUCCACGGACAGGGUCUCGUAACGAGGCCCCGAGCGGCGUGCUAUCGUGUGUCCACCAGUGAGCGUUCCCCGAGAACGAAAACACACCGGAACACGUGCUCAUCCGCACGUGCUUUCGACGACGCACGUGCUCCACGGCCAGGUCCGGCUUUGCGUGCUCCGGCCUGUCCAUUCGGGACACCCCCGGAAGAACCGUCGGGAGAAACGUCCCCGACGUUUUCCAGCCGUGGUGGGACCGCUCGUAGCUGGAAGGAAUCGAGUUGGAAAUUCCACGGGAAUAUCGGCGCUCACCGAAACAGGUGUCGUCGACGUGGAGCGUGCACACACCCGGUGGCGCGCACCGUGCUUGGAACGCGUAGCCAGCCGAUCGAUAGAAAGGAAGUGAAAGGUGAAGGAGAAGGAAAGGGAAGAAACGUGGAAAAGAAGAAGCAUCAGAAACGAAGAGCGAGAGAACUCGCCGUUCGGUUUACCGCUUACGUACCGUGGCAAGAGCGGGCCGGCCGUUGUGUAAGAGCUGAAAGUAAAAGUUGAAACCGCCGACUCGGGGCUCGCGGGAGCGCGUGCUGAGCGCGCUAAAAUCCGAUCCUGUCUCGUAGGCUGGGCAUAGCCGAAUAUUCUCCUACCUCUCUCUUUCUCUUUCUCUCUGGCUGCUUUCGGAUUUCGGUCCCACCCAGUUGUUUCGACGCGCGCGUGUCCCCGCGUGACCGUGCGUCGAUCAACCGUCGUUCCCGCGGAUAGAACACGGGUGAUUGUCAGGAAUUCGAACGGCGGAACGCGCGCGCCCGCGGUACCGAACGCGAACACGAAACGGGAAACGGGACCGUCGUGAAAGAGAACCGUGGAAUUGUGCAACGGCGACGUUUCUAGUCGGAAAUCGGCGGGCAAUUUCGAUCGAGGUGGGAAAUCGAUCGAAGGAAGCGCAGGAUAUAGACCGUCACCGUCGGGAUUCCGCUGAAGAAAGCGAUGGAAACGAUUGUUCUCGGGCUGGCGUCGUGCGCAACGAAACGCGAGUGCUCAAGGUCGGCUGUAUCUCACCGGUAACCCGCUUCCGGGACGAAGAUCGGAAAAGGCUUUACCCUGCCUGGUGAACAGAUUUCUGCGGCGGUAUCGGCGCGCAAGCCUGUCUCUCGAUUCCUCGAUCGGCGUCCCGCUCGCUGCAGAAGUUUCGUAAAACGGAUUACAAAACCAGAAGAGAAAGGAGACAGAGAAAGGGAGAGGCAGGGGGAGGAAGAAACGAAGGAGAGAGAGACGAUCCCCGGCCACAGGAAAUCGUGGAGAUACGGUGUUCGAGCACCUCCCGUCGAGGGUGGACGACGACGAGGUGGACGACGGACGGGAAAACGAGUCAUCCGAGGAGGAAAGAGGGGAAAAGGGCGAAGGAGCCGAGACGACCAGUCGCGGACCUCGCUACCAAGAAGAUCCGGAUGUGGCUGGAUCCACUCGUUAUCUUACGGAGUCUCUAUCACCGCGUGCUUCGCCGAUCUUCGUACUUUGCCCCCCCACCACCCGCCCCCCUUCGUCCUGGAACUGGAUUCUCCCAGGGCACAUCGUUGAUCGAUAACCUCCUCCUUACCUUCGUCCCAACCUGGUGGAUCCCGCUGGAUCGCGAGAUCUCGAGCUCUCCGUGAACGCCGCGCGCGGGGACACGCGGCCGAGCGGAAUUAAAAGUGCGCUUAAAAAGGUUAGCGGGAUAAAAAAGGCGCGCGCGCGAAAGGAUAAGAGAAAGGAAUAGGAGCCACCUCCGAGUCCUUGAGAGUACCCAACGGGUAAAAGUGCCGCGCGCGGAGCCAGCCGGUUGACCCUGGGCAGCCAACGGAGCAGACCCCGUUGGAAAAAAGUUCUCCGCGUUGUCGUCGUCGUCGUCGUCGGUGGAUUUUCCUUCGUUUGCAUCCCCGUUUCGUGGUGGCCAAACGAAAUCCUGGCCACGUGUGCCAUCCGGGAAACGUCUACGUGCCAACGAAUCGCUGCUCGCUUUCCAAUCGAAUUUCCCCGCGGACGCUGAGGAACUCCGUAGCAACGACGAAACGAAAAUACGCCAGAAAUUCGACGGCGCGCCGUAUCGCUGUACCAUGUGGACGUGCUCAGCAGUGUGAAGUGUCUCAGUGGCCGAUAUCGCGUUGCGAUUUGUUCGUCGUUUUCACGUUUUCCCCAGCAACUAAACGUGCCCGCGAUCUGUUCAUUCGGUGGUGAGAUUCUACGCUCCGGAGUAUCAAUGUACGUCACGUGUAUGUACCGUCGUCCACGUCGCCGCUAUCACGGGAUUUCGGGUCGUCGGCUCGUGGAGAUGCUUCGUGACUCCUCGAGAGAGUCUUAACGGAUAAAUAAUACUGCGUUCGCCGAUUUGUUUCCUAUUGUUUUGGAUACCAUAUUGGAUAAAGUGCGGACGAUCAAAAUUACGAGACGAUGUAUACUGACGGUCUCCUAACACUCCAUUAUGGGAAGCAUCCAGCGACCUUGGCCGCAGAAGUCGGAGCCUGGUACACCGGGGACCGUCACGUGGACGUGACGUUGGCUUGCGACGAUGGUUCCGUCGUCAAGGCCCAUCGCGUAGUUUUGGCAGCAGCUAGUCCUCUAUUGGCUGGUCUCCUUCGUAACCCCGCCCUGGAUCACGUGGUCCACCUGUCGGGGGUCCGAAAAACCCAGCUAACUCACCUGCUGGAAUUUCUCUAUAAUGGAGAAGCACUUAUACCGUCGACGGAACUCACGCCGCUGAGGGAGCUGUUCGAGCUUCUUCAAAUCAAGUCGGAGCUGUUCGAGCCCAACCAACCCCAAACCUCUAGCAAUUCCGACCCCGAGAGAAUACCCACCCCUCAGCCCUCGGAGGGCCAGGAAAGCUCGAGCUACGAGUCGCAAUACGACGGCAGGCAGUCGAACAAUCCCGCGGACUGUUGCUCGGUUCUCAUCAAGACCGAGGGCUGCGAGGAGGAACCGGAAGUGGACGUGGAGGGCAUCGAGGGGGAGGCGCUACUCACGGAGAACAGGGAAAGCAGUAUAGAACCGCCCCGAAGGAGGGAUAGCUCCGAUCCUGUGAACCUCAGUCUAAAUUCUGGGACUUCCACUACCAGCGAAAGUUCCCACGACAUCGUCCCUAGGCAAGAGAAACAACUGCUGGAGAGGCGAGAGUCUCUGGAGGAGGCGGAGGAGAGAAGAAGGCAAUUGGCGGCUCGGCUCGCGCUGAGCUUGGAACCUGGAAAACGGAAACCGGAGGAAAUACCUAUCCCACCUGCGGAGGCGUACGUUGUAACGCCUCAUAGGAAACGAAGGCCAGGCUUUCACAAUGCACCUGCACAGAAUCCGGCUUUCGUACCAUUUAAUCCUGGAUUCGAGACGCCGAGGCGAUUGCAAGCGCCGCAUCCCCUCAGCGUCUCGGCACCACCGUACCUGCAGGACAGGUCGGUGACACCCCCAGGAGCCUCUCACCGUCCCCCCAGCGCGGAUCCAGCGUCGGCAGCCGGCUUGGAGCCACCCUGGGGCUCUUGGGCCCUGCCACCGGCCAGGGCCCCGCCGCCUCCACCGACGGACGAUCCGCCCAAGUCCACCCCCGUUCGCGAGUACCGGUGCAGUUAUUGUGGCAAACAGUUCGGAAUGUCCUGGAACUUGAAGACGCAUCUGCGAGUGCACACGGGCGAGAAACCGUUCGCGUGUAGACUUUGCGUCGCCAUGUUCAAGCAAAAGGCCCACCUGCUGAAGCACCUGUGCUCGGUCCACAGAGGGGUGAUAGCCGCCCCCGACAAUACCUUCACGUGUUGCUUCUGUUCGUUGAGCUUCGAUAGCCUGCAGGAGCUCAUCAGGCAUUUGUCGGGGCCGCACAACAACCUGCUGCUCAGCAAGAAUCUGCACGAUUAGCGACAAGGUUAAGGCCGACUCGGUGCCCGAGCAUCCCCUAAAACGCGUCCUUCGAACGAUCCCCCCCCCCCGCCCCCCCCCCCCCCCCCACCGAGUGUCCAGAAAGUACGAGUGCCUUCGCCAAAUUUUUUGUAUCGCGACGCGAGCCAUUUUCAGUAUUUGCGCGUUUAGAUCCAGCAUUCGUUUUCGCUGCUUUUAAUAGGAAAAAUCGUCCGGACACAUUGAUCUCGAGCACGCCGGGACGCUAUCGGACGGUUGUCUGCGAUUAUUUUCGUAAAUUUCCACGGCAACUCGAGAACUGUUUUACCGUCUCGAGGGACGUCGGACGUUUCGAGUCUUCCGAGGACGCAGGCAACGUCCGCUGUUGCUUCGAACGCGCGCAAUUCGAAAGUUUCUAACGAAAUUUCACGAACGGACAGAGAGGGGGACCAGUCGUCGCGGAAGGGUUGGAACGCGUUUUUCGCGGAUGGAACAGCGCGUGGCACGGGGAAGAGCCUCUAACAGAAGCGUUCCGUCGUUUCGUCGACUCCUGGAGCACUAUGUCGCCCUAGGACGUCCCAACGACCGACUACCAGUUUAUUAUAAUAAGCGAUGACCAGUAAUUCUGACCAAAUAACAUAUUUCCGCCAAUCGACGUCAGUCGGAAGUGUGUCGGUUAUGUUGACGGUCACUCUAUCAGUAAUCGUUAAGGAAGUCGAAACGAGAGUGGUUGCGAAGAAUGUACAAGUAAUUUGAACGAUUGGAAAGAAUCGUCGUCUCGUUGCGUCUUACUUAUCGACGACAAGGAAAACAAGCUUUUCAGCGCUUUCGUUCAGCGUCACGUGACAUUCAGCAAGACGUCUCGUUUACCUCAGCGCGCGCACCAUAAAUAAAUCUCACAUGUAAAUAACGUUUACGUUUAGGUCGUAGGAAAAAAAAAUAACAAAGCAGACGGAUAAGAAUUUAUUUAUUUUACACUUUGCAAAAAGGGACCAACCGACUUUUUUUUUCCAUCGAUUUCUCUGUCUUUAGGUAGAUCUUAGGUGUCCUGCCCCGCCAAAUCGCCUCGAACAAAUUACGCUCGUCGAGAGCUGAACGGUGUCGAAAUUAACGCAUUGGGGAGAAGGAUUCGAUAUCUCCGAAGGCCAAGGAUUAACGAGACGAUAACGAGACAUUGGCGUUUCUCUCCUUUAUCCUACGAAGAGGAACAUUAUCGACGGGAACGCGAAUUUAUUUGAAGGUAGCGACGGUAAUUCUCGAAGCGAAAAUGUUGCGCCGAAUUCGGUAGUGCGAAACGUUGCUAAUGUUCUUCCGCGUACGAUCCCCUCGUCUUCCACUUUUCAUCGUCGCUCCUUUCGUCUUCCCUCGCACCUUCACCUCAGCCUCCACCCCUCCUGCCUCCCCUUUACACCUCUUCUAUGUGCGCGGUUUUAUUUUUUUCUCUCUUUCUUUUUCUUUCCAACGUAGACAUGUUUGGUAUCUCAGCGACUCGAGUGCCUUGUCAAAUGGGUCCAAAUUGGUCGAUUGGGCAGUGAUUUCAUGUGUUCAUAGGCUUAAGGUACAAGUACACGUGUAAGAUGACGAAUACGAGCUCGCUUAGGAAUCGAAAGAAACGUUAAUUAAUUCACGUAGAAGGUUUUUCAAUAUCACUCGAAUUAAUCCAUGUUUCGUUAGGAUCUAGAUAGAACGUUGUAUGUAGUAGCUUUUGUUUCUCUGUAAUUCCUUUCUCGUUGGCGCGGGACGUCAUCAAUCAUUUUUUUUUUUUUUUUUUUAGGUAGGUAUUAUUACCUAAGGUGCCUUGAAGAAGGGCCUCGACCUCUUCUUAGCUUCUCGUCCGCGUGAAAAUCUCGAGCAUGAAACGAGCUGGCUCUGUCGACGAAGAGAAAUAGCAAAAUUAGUUCAGACGUGUGUUACGAACUCGUGGAAAAGGGCAAAUAUCACGAGACAGAGGCUGGGGCAAACGUCAUACCGAUGGAUGAAAGUUGGGGGAUAUAGUUGCAACAAUUACAUGCUCCCUUGCUGUAACGGUCAAUUUUUUUGGAAAUUCGCCUAUAGUCGUAUAAUUCGAUCAAGCAGAAGCGAUAGCUGAAGACGAGUAUUUGUAGCCUCGAAAAUAUUCACUAGACUCGAGGUGGGAAACCAAGGAGCCAUAGCUCAAGGUGUCACGGUCAAACGUGACGAGUAAGGUACAAGUUGAAUCGUAAAGAUCAGCUUUCAUCCAGCCUCUGCGAGUGAUGCCCAAUUCUACAACUGGUAUCGAUCAAAUUUAUUUUGGAACAAAUAUAACGGCUCCCUUAAGUUCUCUGUGUGGGUGCAUCUCGAUUAUCGAGCUGUUUAUUAGCUGCAAGGCUGCGCCAAGUGAAUCUAAAUUAUGUUCACUGGGAUUUUAUAAAAAAGAAUAUUUCAAGAAUCAGUGAUCAUGCAGGAUGUCUCUCGAUCCUUUUCAAGUGAAAUUCACGGAAUCCUCGUGCACGCGGACGGGAGCGCAAGAAGAGGUUGGAGGGGUGGUGUGCGCUCUCGUUAAGCCAGAAAAAAAACGGCCAGCACAAAACAGUGAACGCAAUGUGAUACUAAAUGAUAAUAAAGAUAAAGUAAUUAUUGUUUAGCGUGCGACGGCACGAGCGCAAUCUGCGGCACCCGCAGUGAAAAGGAACUAGUCUCUCGCUCGGUACGCCGACAGACGAUCCCUUUUCAUCUGCUGGCCGCCUAAAUAAUUGUUAGUAACCAACGUUUCGUCGUUUCUCUUUUCAACCCCCUUCUCCUAGAACCCUACCCGACCCCCUCUCGUCCCCCCUUCUCGAGACGUAAGUGCACUAGGGUUACGUAUACAGAUUAUCAUACCGUUCGUUAGUUACGUUUACCGUGUAUGCAUACACGUACACACACGAAGACAUACACACCGUACACGUACACACACACAUACACGCUCGCGUCCAGAUGUCCAAACGGGACACGUCGUCUUUCUCAGGCGUAACAAAAUACUUGUGAAAAUAAAUGAUUUUAGAUCGAU